CGGGUACAAGACACUGUGCAUUGCGCUCACUCCAAAAAAAGCGCGCUAGGGUUUCGUUUCACCCAGCGAAUAACGUAAUCGUAAUUGACUCGAGGCACAGAGAGAGAGAGCGAAGAUGUGGCACGAGGCGAGGCGGUCGGAGAGGAAGGUCCACGACAUGAUGGACGCGGCUCGGAAGCGAGCGCAGAGACGAGCCGUGUUCUUAGCUAAGCGGCGUGGCGAUCCUCAGCAAUCGAUCCAGGCCCUUGGCGCUCGCUCGCGAGUGUACCGGGAUGAUGCCCUCUACCAAGCCACUCAGGACCAGCAAGGCCUGAUACCUUGGAAUGGGAAACAGGAAAUUUUGAUUGAUAGAUUUGAUGGCCGUGCACUUCUGGAUUUCAUUCGGGAUUCUGGGUCCCGACAUUUUCGGGUUCAGGAGAAGUCUGAAGAAGAAGAAGAAGUAGAAGAGUUUGUUAAUUUUGAGCGUUAUCGGGAUUUAAUUAAGCACCGGCGUAGAGGAUUUACCGAUGAGGAGGGUUUGCAACAUGUAAACCAGGAGAUGGAAGCGAAGGUUGUGGCUCCAUUUAUGUCAGACAGAUCUCAACCGCAACCUCCUGCAAGCAAAGGCUCUUAUUCGCAGGUGGGAUUUUCUUAUGAGGGGGAGGGGAAAGAGGAAGCCCAUCUUUCUGAUGCUGAUGAUAAUGAGGAUGAUGAUGAGGAUGAAGACGACGAAGAUUUCAACAGUGAUGAUAGCAAUGACGAAGGGAUGGAUAUUAUAGCAAAAGAAUUUGGUGUAAAAAGGUAUGGAUGGCUUGUUUACAUGGAUAAAAAGGCUAAGGAGGAAGAGAAAAGGCAAAAGGAAGUUAUCAAAGGUGAUCCUGCAAUUAGGAAGCUGAGCCGCAAGGAAAGAAGGAAGGUUUCUCAAAUAGAAAGGGAGAGAGAAAGAGAAGUUGCACGAGUGACUGGUGCCAGAGUGCUCCAUCACGAUCCAUACCGGGAGCCUAGACGAAGUCCAACUUAUGAAGCUUAUCCUCGCUCUAGAAGAUCUAGAUCACGGUCGUAUUCCCCAUCAUAUUCAAGGCGCUAUUCUCGUGGAGGGCAUUCUGAUGAUGUUCAUCGAAGCAAACCAAGGACACCAAAAAUAGAAUACAUUACUGAAUUUGGGGGCUCCGGUGAUGGGGAUGAACUGAAGCUUGAACGAUUUUCUCCACCCCCAUCUCCACCAUCUCAAGCUGACAUGUUGAACCGGCCAUCAUCCGGUCGCAUACUUGAGGCGUUGCAUGUUGAUCCUGCAUCUAAUGUGUCUCUUGAUAAGGAAAAGAGUGCUAAAGUUUUGAAACCAGCAGUAAGCACAACUUCAGCAAUAGCGAAGUUAAGUAAGGCAAGUACCUCUGGGGGGACUUUAAAACAACAACAGGGGGAGAAGAAGGAAACUCCUCAAGAACGACUUAAAAGGAUUAUGAGCAGGCAGCUGAACAAACAAAUUAAAAAAGAUACUGCUGCUGAAAUGGCUAAAAAACGUGAGCAAGAGCGCCAGAGGCUUGAAAAGCUUGCAGAAACAAGUCGUUUAGGUCGAUAUGGGCAUCGGAGCCGCAGCCGCAGCUACAGCCGUUCUCCUUCAAGAAGAUACAGGCAUAGUAGAAGUCCAAGUAGAAGCAGGAGUUCACGAAGAUAUUAUUCCCGUUCCCGCUCUCGUUCCCAUUCCCCCACCCGUUCCCGUUCCCGCUCUCACUCUUACUCCCGUUCUCCAAGGGUAAGAAGCCGUUCAAGAUACCGAUAGAGAUAUUUCUGUAAAGAUGGCAGUCAAGGAUUUAGAUAUUAUUGUGCAUGGAGGCUUUUGUAUCCUCAAGAAUGUAACUAAUGGACAGCAUUUCCCUGGUGCUUAAAUUGUUGGGUCUUGUUAAUGUGAGGGAAGAUUAGGUAGCAUGAAUACUCGACUCAUUCACAAUCUCUUCCUUUUUUUUAGGCUUCUAUUGAUUGGUUUGCUAAAAUAACGUGUAUAUAAUAACAUCGAUAACAAGUAA